AUGGCGAUUUCUCCUGAUGACAGAUACAUUAUUAGCGGGUCAAGUGACAAAAAUAUAUACAUGUGGGAAACUGAUUUUCCUGAUGAAAGUCCUGUUAUAUUGAAGGCUCACGAGAACGAGGUUACCAGUUUGAGUUGGUCAAAAGACAUUGAAACGUUUGCAUCUUGUUCUGAUGAUGCCACGUUACAUCUUUGGCGGUAUCACGUGGGUGAGUGA